AUGCACUACGGAACAACACGUGCCAGAAGUGGAAGUCCAGGUCGAAUGCAGAGGGACGGCAUCACUGGGCAGUCAAGAGUGUCAGUUGUAUCCAAGACGUUCUCAGCAGUAGCAAGUACCUGUUGUGGAUUUCCAGGCAGAACUAAGACAGGUACCGUCACAAAUGACAUCAUGGACAACCAAAACACGGCCUUCUCUUCUGGGGACAUCUCCGGCUCCUGCAAAAACUUCAGACCCAGAGCCAGUAGCACAGAGCUGCCCAUCACAGGACACUCCCAACAGCCCACAACAGAGAGGGAUCAUCUUCAUAUUUAUGGCACAACAUCUGGGAGUAGUUUGGAAUGCACUGGCUUCUCUAAAGAAAUUUAUUCCUGGGACCAGAGGAUGCCCUCUGCAGAAGAGAGAAAUAAGGUCAAACAAACUUUCCUGCUCACGACGCCCUCCUCCCUCUUUCCUGAUUAUGUCUACUUUGAGAAUUCCUCCAGCAAUCCAUAUCUAAUCAGAAGGAUAGAAGAACUCAAUAAGACUGCAAGUGGCAACGUGGAAGCAAAAGUAGUGUGCUUUUAUAGACGACGCGAUAUUUCCAACACGCUUAUAAUGCUUGCGGACAAACAUGCUAAAGAAAUUGAAGAAGAAUCUGAAACAACAGUUGAGGCCGACUUGACUGAUAAACAGAAACAUCAGUUGAAACAUAGGGAACUCUUUUUGUCACGUCAGUAUGAAUCUCUGCCUGCAACACAUAUCAGGGGAAAAUGCAGUGUUGCCCUUUUGAAUGAAACAGAAUCAGUAUUGUCAUAUCUUGAUAAAGAGGAUACCUUUUUCUACUCAUUGGUCUAUGACCCCUCAGUUAAAACCCUAUUAGCUGACAAAGGGGAAAUCAGAGUGGGACCUAGAUACCAAGCAGACAUUCCAGAAAUGCUCUUAGAAGGAGAAUCAGAUGAAAGAGAACAGUCAAAAUUGGAAGUUAAAGUUUGGGAUCCAAAUAGCCCACUUACGGAUCGACAGAUCGACCAGUUUUUGGUUGUAGCACGAGCUGUUGGGACGUUUGCCCGAGCCCUGGACUGCAGCAGUUCUGUGAGGCAGCCUAGUUUGCACAUGAGUGCUGCCGCAGCUUCCCGAGAUAUCACCUUGUUCCAUGCGAUGGAUACGUUGUAUAGGCACAGCUAUGAUUUGAGCAGUGCUAUUAGCGUCUUGGUACCACUUGGAGGACCUGUUCUAUGUAGAGAUGAAAUGGAAGAAUGGUCAGCCUCUGAAGCUAGCUUGUUUGAGGAGGCACUGGAAAAAUAUGGCAAAGACUUCAACGAUAUACGUCAAGACUUCCUCCCUUGGAAAUCAUUGACUAGCAUCAUUGAAUAUUAUUAUAUGUGGAAAACUACUGACAGAUAUGUACAGCAGAAACGUCUAAAGGCAGCAGAAGCUGAGAGUAAACUGAAACAAGUAUAUAUCCCCACUUACAGCAAACCAAAUCCCAACCAAAUAUCCACCAGCAAUGGCAAGCCUGGUGCUGUGAACGGAGCCGUGGGAGCCACGUUCCAGCCUCAGAAUCCUCUCCUCGGGCGAGCCUGCGAGAGCUGCUACGCUACCCAGUCUCACCAGUGGUAUUCUUGGGGCCCACCUAAUAUGCAAUGUAGAUUAUGUGCAACUUGUUGGCUGUAUUGGAAAAAAUAUGGAGGCCUGAAAAUGCCCACUCAAUCAGAAGAAGAGAAGUUAUCUCCCAGCCCAACAUCAGAGGACCCUCGUGUUAGAAGUCACAUGUCCCGCCAGGCCAUGCAGGGGAUGCCAGUCCGAAACACUGGGAGCCCAAAGUCUGCAGUGAAGACCCGUCAGGCUUUCUUCCUUCAUACCACAUAUUUCACAAAAUUUGCUCGUCAGGUCUGCAAAAAUACCCUCCGGCUGCGGCAGGCAGCAAGACGGCCGUUUGUUGCUAUUAAUUAUGCUGCCAUUAGGGCAGAAUAUGCAGACAGACAUGCUGAACUCUCUGGAAGUCCACUGAAAAGCAAAAGCACUAGGAAACCUUUGGCAUGUAUCAUUGGGUAUUUAGAGAUCCAUCCUGCAAAGAAGCCCAAUGUAAUUCGAUCUACACCAAGCCUGCACACUCCAACCACCAAGCGAAUGCUGGCCACUCCGAAUCACACAUCUCUGAGCAUCCUGGGGAAACGAAACUACAGUCAUCACAAUGGCCUGGAUGGAUCCUCUCCCUCAAUUUCCAGCUACAUUGGCAGCCUUGAACUCUGACUUCUGAUUCCUCAGCCCAGAACUCACGUGCCGUGUGUCAGACUGAGCUAUCCCUCUCUCAUCCUACAACCCAAGACUCGCUGCACUGUCCUGCUGAUGCUCACACCCGUGCCUGGGACGGAGGCAGCCCCCUUCCCAGUACAUUUCAGUGGGAGACCUCCACGCGCACCCCAUGGAGACUGGAUGGGGCAGGGGGAGAGACUGUAGGAGUGUGCGUUCUGAAAGCGGCGUCUCCACGUGUGAAUCAGUGGCACCUCGUUUUCCUCUCAGAGACCUUGCUGUCCCAGAGCAGGACCUGCCUAGGAAUGGGGUGGGUGGGUAGGGAGCCACUCCCUUUGUAGCACCCCAUACCCCCAAAACAGCAGCUCCUUGGGGCUGAGGACCGCCAGGGCUCAGAGCCGCUCUGGCCUGCAUGUGUCAGUGCAGCUCCGUUUGAUGCUGUGUAAUUAUGUACAGGAGGGACGUGCCAUCUUUCUGAACAGAUUUUUUUAAGCAACGGGCCAGGGCUUACGCAGUUCAUGGUAUUUCUCCAUCCUUGCUGUUACUAUCACUUGGCCUUUUUUUCUCUAUAGCCUUUGUACUUUAUUUUUGUGGUGGAGAGA